AUGCCUCCAAGGAAGAAGACCAGAAGCAACAACAUGACUUCCCAGGAUGGGCCAAGCCAUGCCGACUCAGAGUCAAGGCAACAUGCCUCUUCUAGAGAAGAAGAACGUGCAAGUGAGGGAACUUUUACCCUCACAGAUCUUGUUGCGGCCAUUCGUGCUAUGGGUGAGACCCAGAGGGAGAUGGCAGAGAUGAUAAAAGAACUCAAAAAUUCGGCCCCAAAGCCAGGUGAAGUAAAUGAGAAGCACCCACAAGAAGAAUAUGCUGCUGCCGGAAAGGAGUCUGAGCAAAAAGGACCAUCUUUUGUCACUCAGGAGGACGUUGUUGCCAUGCUGGAAAAGGAGUUGAGUCGAAGUCAGGAAGAUUGGAAGUAUCUUCCUCAGCCGCCGUAUCCAUCAAGCUUACUCCAGCAGCCAUAUCCUAAAGGCUAUGAAGCACCAACCUUUGUCCUCUUUGAUGGACGGAAGGGGAGCCCGAAGGAGCAUGUCAAUCGCUUCAUCGAUGCCUUGGGACCAUAUGCUGGUGAUCAUAAUCUUCGACAUAGAGAAUUUUCAAAGAGUCUCACCGAUCGUGCUUACACAUGGUUCCGGGACCUGGCAUUGGAUUGCUAUGAUGAGAAAGAUGAGGAGGCGCUUGUUGAAAUCUGCAUCAGCAAUAUCGUGGCAGAUUAUAGAGUGUAUUUGGAGAAUAUUGGCAUUAGUCAAUUUUCUCGGCUGCUGGAAGCUGUGAGGAAGACGAGCAUGUCUGUCAAGCCACCAGGACAAAGGACUUGGAGGAAUGAGAAGAAGGAAGCGCAUCAGACAUUAGCAAUAGAUGACAAGCCAUCCAACGACUACAAUUCACGCAAACGGAAGGAUAGAGAGACGUAUCCACCACUACCAUGCAAAGAUGAAGAAUUUCAUGCUAUCCUUGACACGAUGAUUGCUGAUGGCGUAAUCAAACCUGUCAGACCCUACAAAGUUCCUACUCGAGAGGAAAAGAAUGAUCCUAGGUACUGCCGUUAUCAUCAAUUUGUGGGGCAUCCAACCACUGCCUGUCAGAGUCUGAGGAGGAUUUUACACGCCAAAAUACAUGAGGGAGUCCUUGAACUUCCCUCUAGGAAGCAAACGAUUGAUGAAGACCCCUUGCCAAAACGAAGGGGAAAGGAGGUAGCCGCUGUCAUUACAUGCUCUGAUGAUUUGCUUGAUGAUGAUGAAUUGUGCCACCCUUGGAGGAAUGACCCAAAGCCGCCGGAAGCUAUAUGGGAACCUUGCGGAAACAUGGAAAAGGCAUAUUGGUGUAAAUAUUCGAGGCCUUCAAGUUACAACACACCAUGGCCACUUGCUGAUGGAUGGGGUGACAACUCAGGCAGCGAAAUUUUUGUUUUGGACAUGCCGGAAGAACGCUACUCGGGGGCUUUAUCGGAGCAGCAGGAAGCAGCUGCUGUGACAUUUCAUAAUAUCACGGAAGCUGAAACAAGUGUGAUGGAACGUUAUUUAAGCAUGAAACAGGGGCCCACAGCUUCACAGGUCCUUCAAAGAAACCCAAAGUUCAAAUCACUCUUUGACCAACUUGGCUUCGGGCCUCAAGCAAGAGAAGCAGCUGCUGUAGCCCUGAUGAAUAUCUCUGAGGAGUCUAACUCUCAAUGCUUUACAACUCAACCACAAGGGUCAUUCUUGGGAAAUGACAAUGCUAUUGUCUUCACGGACGAAGACAUGGAAGUUCCAUACCCGGACCAUAGGAGGCCGCUUUACUUGGAGGGACAAAUCAAUGAUGUGUUCAUAAGGAGAGCUUUGGUAGACACGGGUUCCUCUGUCAACAUAUUACCUCUGUCUGUGCUUACGGCAGCUGGUAUCCCAUUGUCCAAAAUUGUCCAAUCACAAACAAACGUCAGUGGUUUCGGGAAUAAGAGUGAGGUCACAGUCGGGCAUCUACAAGUAAAUUUGAAGGUUGGGCCAAUUCGGUCACUUACUAAGUUCUAUGUUGUGGAUGUGGAUGUGGCUUACCAUGCUUUGCUCGGAAGGCCAUGGCUCAACAAGCAUAAGCUUGUGGUCUCUACCUAUCAUCAAUGCGUAAAAGGAAGGAUUGGGCUGAGGCCGCUACGCAUACCUGGAAACCAAGCACCGUUCAACAAAGAUGAAGCUCACUACUCUGAGGCGGAAUUCUACAUUGAAUGCACAGGUGCUGGAAGCAAUCCAUCCAAGGAUUUCGGGACCUACCUUCCUUCGUGGACUGAAAUUCGUGAUUUAAGCAAUGAGGAGCUCAUCACCAUUGUUGAUCGAGAGAGAACGAGGCACUCGGAAGUCAACAACCAUGCCUAUGAUCAUCCCUAA